AUGAAUUCACGAAUGGAAUUCACCGACAGAGGCGAGAAGGCCGUCCAGGACGCGAUGGCCCUCGCAGAGCAGUACGCCCACUCGCAACUGCUCCCCGUCCACUUGGCAGUCUCGCUGCUCGACCCUCCCGCAGACCAGUCAAAGGACCAACAGAACGCGCCGCCGCCGACGUCCUCGAUGUUCAGACAAGUCGUCGAGCGCGCCCACGGCGACCCGCAACUCUUUGACAGAGCCCUCAAGAAGACCCUCGUCCGCCUGCCGAGCCAAGACCCGCCCCCGGACCAGGUCUCCGUCGCACCCACCUUCCACGCCGUCUUGAGGAAGGCGCAGGAGCUCCAAAAGACGCAAAAGGACUCCUUCAUCGCCGUCGAUCACCUCAUCCAAGCCCUCGCCGAGGACCACACAAUCCAGACAUGCCUGAAGGAGGCCAACAUCCCCAAGCCGAAGCUCGUGCACGAUGCCGUCACGCAGAUCCGGGGCACGAAGCGGGUGGACAGCAAGAACGCCGAUACCGAGGAGGAGCACGAGAAUCUGGCCAAGUUCACAAUCGACAUGACGGCCAUGGCCCGCGACAAGAAGAUCGAUCCUGUCAUCGGCCGAGAGGAGGAGAUCCGCAGAGUCGUGCGCAUCCUCUCGCGCCGCACAAAGAACAACCCCGUCCUCAUCGGUGAACCCGGUGUGGGCAAGACCACUGUCGUCGAGGGCCUGGCCCAGCGAAUCGUCAACCGCGAUGUACCCGACAACCUGAAGGCCUGCAAGCUGCUGUCGCUCGACGUCGGCGCCUUGGUGGCCGGAAGCAAGUACCGCGGAGAGUUCGAGGAGAGGAUGAAGGGUGUCCUGAAGGAGAUUGAGGACUCCAAGGAGAUGAUUGUCCUCUUCGUCGACGAGAUCCACCUUCUCAUGGGUGCUGGCUCCUCCGGCGAGGGCGGCAUGGACGCCGCCAACCUGCUCAAGCCCAUGCUUGCCCGUGGUCAACUGCACUGCAUCGGUGCGACCACCCUCGCCGAGUACCGCAAGUACGUCGAGAAGGACGCCGCCUUCGAGCGACGUUUCCAGCAGGUGCUGGUGAAGGAGCCCACCAUCGGUGAGACCAUUUCCAUCCUCCGUGGUCUCAAGGAGAGAUACGACAGACACCACCGCGUCACCAUUCUCGACAACGCUCUGGUGGCCGCCUGCAACCUUGCCGGCCGCUACCUCACCUCCCGCAGACUUCCCGACUCCGCCAUCGACCUGGUCGAUGAGGCCGCCGCCGCGGUGCGCGUCGCAAGAGAGUCGCAGCCCGAAAUUAUCGACUCUCUCGAGCGCAAGCUGCGCCAGAUCAUGAUCGAGAUUGCGGCCUUGGAGAAGGAGAAGGACGAGGCAUCCCAGACCCGCCUGGUCCAGGCGAGAAAGGAUGCCAAGAACGUUGAGGAGGAGCUUGAGCCCCUGCGCCAGAAGUACCUCUCCGAGAUCAAGAGAGGUGAGGAGAUUCACUUAGCCAAGCUCAAGCUCGACGACCUCGAGAAGCGCCUUGAGCAGGCCAUCAACGACGGUGACCACGCCAAGGCUGCCGACCUCCAGUACGGCGCCAUUCCCGAGCAGCGCGCCGUCAUCAAGGAACUUGAGGCCAAGAAGGCUGCCGCCGAUGCUGCCCUCAACGCCUCUGGCCAGGACCACGGUGCCAUGGUCACUGACGUUGUCACGGCCGACCAUAUCAACGACAUCGUGUCCCGCUGGACUGGCAUUCCCGUUACCCGCCUUAAGACGACCGAGAAGGAGAAGCUUAUCCACAUGGAGAAGCAGCUCGGUAAGAUCGUCGUUGGACAGAAGGAAGCAGUCCAGGCCGUCUCCAACGCCAUUCGCCUGCAGCGAUCUGGUCUCAGCAACCCCAACCAACCACCCAGCUUCCUAUUCUGCGGUCCUUCGGGUACCGGUAAGACUCUCUUGACCAAGGCUCUUGCCGAGUUCCUCUUCGACGACUCCAAGGCCAUGAUCCGCUUCGACAUGUCCGAGUACCAGGAGCGUCACGCCCUCAGCAGAAUGAUUGGUGCUCCCCCCGGAUACGUGGGACACGACGCCGGUGGCCAGCUCACGGAGGCCCUCCGCCGCAAGCCCUUCUCCAUCCUCCUCUUUGACGAGGUCGAGAAGGCCGCCAAGGAAGUACUCACCGUCCUCCUGCAGCUCAUGGACGACGGCCGCAUCACCGACGGCCAGGGCAGAGUCGUCGACGCCAAGAACUGCAUCGUCGUCAUGACCUCCAACCUGGGUGCUGAGUACCUCACCAAGUCCACCAACCGCGACGGCAAGGUCGACGCCACUACGCGUGAGCUCGUCAUGAAUGCCCUUCGCUCUUGGUUCCUCCCCGAGUUCCUCAACCGCAUCAACUCCACCGUCAUCUUCAACCGUCUGACGCGCCGUGAGAUCCGCAAGAUUGUCGACAUCCGCCUCCAGGAGAUCCAGAAGCGGCUGGAGAACAACGGCCGCAAGGUCUACAUUGACGUUUCAGAAGAGGCCAAGGACUACCUCGGCAACGCAGGCUACUCACCCGCCUACGGUGCCCGUCCUCUGUCUCGCCUGAUCGAGAAGGAGGUGCUCAACAAGCUGGCCAUUCUCAUCCUCCGCGGCAACGUCCGCGAUGGAGAGAACGCCCGCGUGGAGCUCAUCAACGGCAAGAUCACCGUCCUGCCCAACCACCAAGACAGCGAGCUCAACACCGACGACGAGGACAUGGACGAGGAUGACGCCGUGGAUGAGCUCGGUGCCGAGUCCAUGGACGAGGACAUUUACGACUAA